AUGACUGAAGAAAACCUUAUUUCCGCAGGUCCCUCCCGACCCGCCUCCCACCUCAACCUCCACACCCUCCAGCCCGAAAUAACCAUCAUAGGCGCCGGAAUCGCCGGCUGCGCCCUCGCCGCCUCUCUCGCCCGCUCGGGCCGCCGCGUCCUUUUACUCGAACGCGACCUCUCAGAGCCUGACCGGAUCGUCGGCGAGCUUCUCCAGCCCGGAGGAGUCGCCGCGCUGCACAAGCUCGGGCUGGGACACGUGCUCGAGGGAAUAGACGCGACGCCCGUCGAGGGAUACUGCGUCAUUUCGGGCGGGAGGCAGGUCGGGAUUCCAUAUCCCGAUAUGGAGCGGAUGGGGAAGGGCGAAGGGUGGCACGUCCCGUCGAGGUCAGGGAGGAAAGAGGGCCGAUCAUUCCACCAUGGUCGGCUCAUCUCUUCGUUGCGCAAAGCGUGCUUUGACGCGGGACCCAAUCUGACUGUACUGGAGGGAACGGUGAGGGAGUUGGUUUAUUGCGAGCAUACCAAUCGCGUCAUUGGGGUCUCGGCGGCAUUCAAGCCGGUUCUACCUUCGACAUCCUCGGAAUCCGCAGCGACAUCUACGGCGGAAGGCGAAGCUCCAGCAUCGGCACCCGCAGCGGCGGAACCCAUCGUCCGUAAAAUCUACUCCCCCAUAACCAUCGUCGCCGACGGCUGCUUCUCGAAAUUCCGCUCCCUCCCCAACUCGCGCGUCCCCAAACCUAAAACCAGGUCUCACUUUGUCGGUCUCGUCCUCAAGGAUGCGGACCUGCCUAUGAAAUACCACGGGAAUGUGUUUUUGACGCCCAACGGCCCGGUGCUGCUUUAUCAGAUCGGGGAUAAGGCGGAGGAGACGAGGAUGCUGGUGGAUGUCAAGGGCAAGCUGCCAAGUGUAGGGGAUGGCAGUUUGAAGCAACACCUCAUGGACAAGUACAUACCACACCUCACCCCCACCCUUCAAUCCACCAUGCAGACCGCACUCGACACCCAACGCCUCCGGACCAUGCCCAACUCGUUCCUCCCUCCGUCGAUGCAAGGUCGCGCCUCCUCCCCCGCUGGACUCAUCAUGGUCGGCGAUGCCUGGAACAUGCGGCAUCCCCUGACCGGCGGGGGAAUGACGGUCGCCUUCAAUGACGCGGUCUUGCUGUUGCAUUACCUGUCGGAGGAGAGAUUGGGCGCGGGGAGGGAGGGGCUGGAAGAUUGGGGCAAGGUGUCAGAGGGGCUGAGGGAGUGGUUUUGGGAGAGAAAGAAGGUUAGUGGGGUGAUCAAUGUGAUGAGUAUGGCGCUGUAUGAUUUGUUUGGGGGUGCGGAUGAGCCGGACCUUGAAAUUCUGCGAGAGGGCUGUUUUAGAUACUUUGAAUUAGGCGGGGAUAGGGUUGCAGGCCCAGUCGGCCUUCUCUCCGCUCUGACUCCCAAACCCCUAUUGCUGUUCUACCACUUCUUCUCGGUCGCCUUUUACUCGAUCUACAUCCUCCUCACGCAGGGCAUGCCGGCUAGACCAGGGCAAAAGAUGGUUAGGCCUGAGUGGUUCUGGACGGCUUGUGUGGUGCUUCUUCCGAUGAUCUGGACGGAGUUCAAGAUAUAG